GGAUUCAAGUCCACAACGUGAAACUUCAGGUUCUCAAUUUACGGAUACGGCUAAAGAUUAUGGCUCAAAAGCCUACGAAACAGCUACAAGAAUCGGUUACAGCUAUUGGGAAAUUUCUCGUCACUACAUAGGUCCAGUUUUACAACCGAUGAUAAAUUCUACUAAAUACUUGUGGGCAAAUCUUCCACCAGUACGCUGGCUAGUAUAUACUGUAGGCGCGUUUAACUGUAUUCCGAUUGCUUUGUUUGUUGCUUGGGUAGUCUUGACUUUUGGAUUUGUCUCGGCUUUGGCGGGCGUUGGAAUUGUAAUCGCUCAAGGAUUCUUCACGUUCUUGGGCCUGACCGUCUUUCUACCAGUUGCUGGUAUUUUGAUCACAAUUGCUUUUGUUGGAGCAUGUUUUGCAACUCUUGCAUGGGCUGGGUUUGAGACUGCAAGUUUUGGGUUGUCUCGAUUAGGACUAGUUAAUAAUAGAAAUUUACUUGGAUAUGACCAAGUUAAAGCGAUCAGCAGUCGCGGAGCUGUCGAUAAUCAGAGUGAAAAUCAGUGA